CCUCAGCGGGCCCGCCCCUCGGGCCACGCCCCCUCCCCUGUGUAGCUGGAGCAGUCGGAGCCAAGCAGCUGGCGGAGCGGAGCGGAUCGCGGGGUCAGCCAUGUCAUCUGAAACUCCUCCGCCACCACAGCCCCCCACCCACCAGGCUUCGGUCGGGCUGCUGGACACCCAGAGGGCCCGAAAUCGCUCACCAUCCCCGCUCCGGGGCAAUGUGGUCCCCAGCCCGCUGCCCACUCGCCGGACGAGGACCUUCUCUGCGACGGUGAGGGCCUCCCAGGGCCCCGUCUACAAAGGAGUCUGCAAAUGCUUCUGUCGAUCCAAGGGCCACGGCUUCAUCACCCCCGCAGAGGGCGGCCCCGACAUCUUCCUGCACAUCUCCGAUGUGGAAGGGGAGUACGUUCCAGUGGAAGGCGAUGAGGUCACCUAUAAGAUGUGCUCCAUUCCGCCCAAGCACGAGAAGCUGCAGGCCGUGGAGGUGGUCAUCACGCACCUGGCGCCGGGCUCCAAGCACGAGACCUGGUCUGGCCACGUCGUCAGCUCCUAGGAGAGGCCGGAAGCACCCCUUCUCCUGGCUUGUGGGAGACUCUGGGGGAAGGAGGAGGCAGGACCAGACUGGAGAUGACAUUCCACUGCUGGAGAUAUGGCUUCAAAGGGGGGGAGCCAUAUCCUGGAGGAAGGGGUGUUGGGGGCAGGCACAGGGGUGUCUGGGCCGCCGGCACAGUCUUGGACCAUCACAACAAACACCAUCUGAAAAGUAUUAAAGGCAUUGAACAAGGAGA